CACAGCAAGGACGAGGGGAACAGUGUGAACAGCGUAGCAGUAUAGCUGAAUUUAAGAGGCUGGCUCCUCCAGCUUUCAAGGGGACUACAGAACCGUUGGAAGCAGAUAAUUGGCUUAUAGAGAUGGAAAAAGCAUUUGCUGUCUUGAGAUGCCAGGAUGAUGAAAAGAUUUUGUUUGCAUCAUACAUGAUGCAAGGUGAGGCAUUCAACUGGUGGCGGAUGUUGGAACAUAAAUAUGGGCAGGAUAGGGAGCCACUCACUUGGGAAAGAUUUUGAGGAGCAUUUUAUGAUAAGUAUUUUCCUCGGAGUGUAAGGACGCAGAAAGAGCAGGAGUUUAUUCACCUAAAGCAAAGAAAUAUGACUAUUGCAGAAUAUGAAGCCAAAUUUACCGAGCUAGCCAAAUUUGUUCCAAAGUUAGUCGAAGAUGAACUAGAUCGAACGCAUAAAUUUGAGAUGGGACUAAAGACUGAAAUUAGAAAACAAGUGGUACCUUAUGAAUUGACUACCUAUGCAGCUGUGGUAAAUAAGGCUUUAAUAAUUGAAAGGGAAGUUAUUGAUGAACGGUUGGAAAGGGAAAGAAAUCAAAAGAAGAGAAACAGGUCAAAUGAAUUUCAGGGGCAGAGCAAUGAAAACGUCGAAAGUUCAAACAAGAAAUCCACGAGUGACAACCUUAAGCAGAUGAAUAUCAAUAAAUGUUCCAGAUGUGGUAAGGCUCAUGCUGACAAGGAUUGCCAUUGGAACACCGGUGCCUGUUUUAGAUGUGGUAAGAUAGGUCAUAAAAUUGCAGACUGCCCACAAAGAAACGAGAAUAGAUCUACUCAGGCAAUGGAAGGAAGCCAGGGGCCAAAGACUCAAGGAAGAGUAUUUGCACUUACACAGCAAGAUGCACAGGCUUCUGAUGUGUUGACGACAGAUUCCGAGAACUAACCUAUCGGGGAUUUAAAAUGGGAGAGCGACUAGAAGAACUGAA